GACCCCAAAGACACCCGCAAGGGUGGUUUGAAGACUCACCCUCUGCUUCUUGAAGGCUCGAUGCGAUGCUACCUGUUGCAGAAGGCGAAGCAAGUUUUUCGUUGCAUUGCUAGCAAGGGAUGCAACACAACAUGGGCAAUGCCACGAAACAAAGAACAAAUCCUGGAUCACUUGUCAAAAUGUAGCUGGCUUGAUUCUGACCUGCGGAAAAGAGCAUGUAGUGAGCUCGGGAAGAAUGCAAUUGGUCCUCCUGCACAUAUCCCAUUGGCAGAUGAUGAGACUCGGAAGCCUACCACCGCUGAUGAAGAUGAGGAGCAACCCGAAUCAAGGUCUCGUGCUUCACUGCAGAAGGGUGGGAAGCUCCCGGUCAAAAUGUAUAUUGGAGAGGCGAAGAGAAUCUUGAAGGAGAGUGGCGACUAUGCAAUCAUGAAGUACCUUGUCUGUUGUGGAGUUCCACCAACAGUCGUUGAUUCAGAAGAGUGGAAAGAACUGAUAGCCGUUCUAAACCCAAACUACAUUUCUCCCAGCUCUGCAACUCUUACCUCACGUCUAAUAGUCGACAAGGCUGCUAAAAUUAGCAUGGCUAUUGAACAAUACCUUGGCACAUCACCGAACUUGACGAUCACAUACGACGGAGGCAAAAUAAGACGCCUGAAGUCUUUCUACUCUGUCCAUGUCACAACUGCAGAUCGGCGAUGCUUUUGCAUGACAUUGGACGAUGGUUCUCGUCUAUCACACUCAGCAAAUUACAUAAUCAUCCAACAGAUCCGGAUGAUAUUGGCACAUAUGAGUCGCUCAAGCUAUGCAAUGGAGCAUUAUAAUCACAAACGAAUCACUCUUGGAAUCUCCCGUGGGCUGGAAGCCAUUGGUGACACUCGCUUCGGCACUAUUUACUGGGCAGCACUAUCAAUACAACGUGGAUUGCCAGCAUUUCAGGCUGUCGUCGAAGAUACUGAUCUUGGUAUUGACAUUGCAUCUCUUAACGAUCUUUUCGUCCCAGGAGGUGCAAGAUUGAACUUUGAACUGGAGCUCUCCAAGCUUCUUGCUGUUAUUGGGCCUUGGGCCAAAGGCACAAGAUGCCUGGAGGGUGCACAUAUCAAACCAAGUUUAUUUGUAUUUCUUGGCAUCUUAGCUCAACAUGAAGAAGACUUCCGCAAGAAUGAGUUUCGACUUCGAAAUAACACCAUCGGGAGUAUUCGUCGAAUUGAGAAUGCUAGAUUUGACGAGCUCAUCAACGAGACCCCUCAGAUGCACGAUGUUUACAUAGCCUCAUUUGUCCUAAACCCAAGUAUGCUUUCAUUGUACCGCACACGGACCUUACUCAUAACAUCAUGCAGUGUUUCCAAGGACAACAUCAUCACAUGUGCAUCAAAACCUCCCCCUGAUAUGUCAAAGCGAGCUGCUCUCAGCAUUCAAAAAAUUCUGCAGCGGGAGUAUAGUGAUGUUUAUGAGACAGGCAAACAUACCGAUCCAAAAGCUGAGAUGCAACAUCGUAACCCUGCACUUGCGCACUUGACUCCUGCAGAAGCGCUCACUUGUCUUCAGAGUCAGCUGAAAGCCUAUUUCCGUGCUGAAGAUCCGUUCAACCACAAGAUGCGCUCAAAUGAGAGCCCGCGGGAUUACUGGCGAGCACUCCUGAAAUCAGGAGAUGAACUUGCUGACGUACUUCCGAUUAUUGCAAUCAAAAUGUUCUCUGCGGUUCCUAUUUCUAUGGCAGACGAACACACUAUGUCCACCAUCACAUGGUUGAACUCUCCUCGUCGCGCUAAUCAAAACCUUGGGACACUUCAAGAUCACAUCAAAAUUCGACAGUGGCAUCGUUACAAACCUGAGGUAUGUGUUUCUGGCUAG